AUAAAAGAACCGCAGUGUUUGUUUACAUUGUGAGGCGACGGAACCGUUAAUUCAUCGCUUCCUCCUUGUGGUCGCGACGUGAGGAAAGCCGUGAAUUCGGCGGAACGUCUUCAAUCGCAAGUCUGGUGCGGAGGACAAGGUCUCGGGCAAAUUAAGACGGAGGGAGGGCUGUUGUCUGUGACGUGCCGGCCACAAUGGGUAUAAAAGGAAGCCCAUGUCCUGGAUUACAAACUCGCCCAAACGCGCCUCGCCUCCAUACACGGUGAGCCGGCCGGGGCUCCCGUCAAUGGACUUUUCAGCGCCGGUGUUAUGCGAUCCUCUCGAGGGUAAAUAGAACCAGAAAACAGUAGAGGAGGCCUCGGGGAGUUUUGGGGCGGUUAAUCCUCAUUGGUGAGACCACAAUUGCCACCGGCUGGGCCUGCGCCGGGACUGAGGAGGGCUGCGCGGUGAGGCUGUCGGUGCCGUGAGAGCGGGAGAGGGGGCAACAGCUGACAUGGCAGCGGUCCAACUGCAACCCGUGCCCCGCGUCCUGGCUCUGCUCUUGGCCGGACUGUUUUUCUUGGCUCUGGCGAGCGGGGCUAGACACAACAGCCAAGUCGUGUUUCCUCGGAGGGUUCAGCGGGAUCAGACCGGGUCGCCCUGGCGAGGGGAUCGGGGGCGGGUCGCACGUGACGCCGCCGAGGGCACGUCUGGCGACCCCCAGGACUUCGUCUUCUACCGCAUGGACGCCUUCGGCAAGACCCUGCUGCUCCGCCUGACGCCUAACAAGGAGUUCUUGUCGCGGUCCUUCCAGACGCUGACCCUGAGCGGCGACGGACGGGUCGUCGACAUGAGCGGCAGUACCGGCGCCUGUUUCUACUCCGGGACGGUGGAGUCCUUCCACAGCUCCUCCGUGGUGCUCAGUACCUGCAGCGGACUGAUGGGACUGAUCAAGGUCAACAACGAGCAGAUGCUGAUCGAGCCGCUAUCGCAGAGAAGGCGGUACUUCGGCGGGAGACCUCACAGGAUCUACCGAAGAGAACUGCCGCAGGCCCCGGUCACACAGUUCUGCGGCACAGAACCAGACGACAGAGAAAGCGAGAGCGAGGACGAGUCUCGGCAGACGAAGAGAUCGGCCGUGAACAACAUCGACGCGCGGCAGCGCACGGUGGAGGCGCUGGUCGUCUUGGAUAAGACUAUCGUGAAGCAUCACGGGAGAGCGCUGGUCAAGACGUACGCCCUCACGGUCAUGAGCAUGGUGAACUCUGUUAUAAGCCUGCCCAGUAUCGGACACAACAUCAACAUCGCUGUCACCAAACUCGUCAUCCUGGAGGAAGACCAGGUAGGUCUGAAACUGGCCCACCACGCUGACAGCGCACUACACAACUUCUGCCAGUGGCAGCGAGAGAAACUCCCAUACGUCUCUGCGGUGGACACCGACACUAACGAGGUCAUAGGUCAUCGGGACAGACCCAGUCGUCACGACGCCGCCAUCUUGUUGACAAGGAAGGACAUCUGCAAGGACAGGGACGAGCCGUGCGGCACGCUGGGAAUGGCGUUUAUUUCCGGUAUGUGCGACCCCAACCGGAUGUGCAGCGUGAACGAGGAUAACGGCCUGACUUUGGCCUUCACAGUCGCACAUGAACUUGGACAUAAUUGGGGCAUGACCCAUGACGGGAUGGAGAACCGGUGCGUGACGCGCCCAGAGUCGUCCAUACAGUACAUCAGGUCGUCAUCAUGGCUGAGGAGGACAGGCAAGGUCAACCUGCAGUGGUCCCCCUGCAGCAGGUCAAAGGUCGAGAACUUCCUCAGAUCCCAGCAGAGUCAGUGCCUCCUGGACACGAAGAGGGGCGCUAACCUCGGGUACGCGGCUGAGCUGCCCGGAGAGCUGUACACACCCGAGCAGCAGUGUGUCUUCAUCUUCGGCAAAAACGCCUCAGUCUGUCCUUAUCCGGAGAAGAAGAUCCGCCUGUGUGAAUCCCUCUGGUGUAUCGAGCCCGGGAAGGAUGAAUGUGUUACUAAGGAAUUCGCCGCGGUGGACGGCACGGAAUGCGGACAGGAUAAGUGGUGUAAAGGCGGUCGGUGUGAGUACAACAAGGACCCCGUACAUGGCGGCUGGGGGAACUGGACCGACUGGAGCGGCUGCAGCAGAACAUGCGGGACGGGGGUGCGCUUCGCAGCCAGGAAGUGCGACAGCCCUUUCCCGGAGUACGGUGGAGAUUCGUGCGGCGGUGACAGGGUCAAGUACGAAAUCUGUAUCACUCAGCCGUGUCCGGAGGGGAGCCCGUCCUUCAGGAGCGAGCAGUGCGCCGCCUACCGACAGCAGCACGCACGGCAGAACAAGACCAAGAGCAGCCUCUGGUUCCCGGUGUACAGCGAGGAAAGCCCCUGUUCCCUGCUCUGCCAUGCGGUCUGCGGCCGCCGCAGGACGGUGAAACUGUCUGGCUGCGUGGGCCAUGACCCCUGUUCGCUGCUGUGCCGUGCCGUGAGCGGCCGCCGCAGGACGGUGACGUUGUCUGACCGGGUCAUCGACGGGACGCCGUGUUCUCCUGGGAAGAGGGCGCUCUGCGUGGACGGGCAAUGCAAGAGGGUGGGUUGUGAUGACGUCAUCGGUUCUGACGCGGAGGAGGACCAGUGCGGAGUGUGCCGCGGGAACGGGACGACCUGUCAUCUCGUGCGCGGGAUGUACCAGCACCACCACGGCACAGGCUAUGAGGAAAUCGUGGUAAUCCCAAAGGGCGCCCGAAGGAUACGUGUGAUGGAGGCCCGGCCCAUGCGGAGCUAUCUCGCGGUAAAAGACAGCGUCACAAAUCGUUACGUGAACGGCGGCCGGAGGAUCGAACUCCCGAAAACAUUCAAGAUGGCGGGCACCAAGGUGCAGUACACGCGCAAGGACCUGUGGGAAACGUUCACUGCAGAAGGACCAUUGAAUAACUCCUUACAAUUUCUGAUCCUGCAACAGGACCCCUUUGUGGGAGUUGUCUUUGAGUACACCGUGGACCUGGACAACGCGUCUCACGAAGAGAGCCCGACAGUCAACAACUACAAAAUCACCACCGAUCUGGGCUCGUUCAGCGAGAAUGAGCCGACCUACGGGUGGAUCCCGAACGGCUGGGAGGACUGCGACGCCGUGUGCGGGGGAGGCAUUCGUCGCGGACGCAACCGUUGCAUGCAGCUGCUGAUAAAGAAUCGCAGCCUCACAUAUGUGGAGAACGAGCCAUGUCGGGACUUACCGAGACCGCAUCAGAAGGAGGAAAGAUGUAACAAGGCCCCGUGUGAAACAAAGUGGCGCAUGGCGGGUUGGUUGCCGUGCUCUGUGACCUGUGGUGAGGGCACCCAUCGCCGUGUAGUGGCCUGUACACAGCAGCUGUCCAACGGCACACUCCGGGCCACACAUCCAGACAACUGCGAGGGGUCCCGACCUCCAGCCGAGAAACCAUGCAGGCUGAACUCAUGUCCACUGGUUGAGUCCAGGUGGAAGGAGAGCUCGUGGGGCCAGUGUACCGUGACAUGUGGCGGAGGGAUACAGUCCCGGCUGGUUCGGUGCGUCGGCAGGGCCAGUGACGGGUCGGAGCGGUACGUGGGCGAGGCGCAGUGUCAGGAAAAGAAACCCGCGGAGACCAGGGAUUGCAGCAACCGGUCCUGUGAAGACUUUUACGAGUGGCGGACGGACGCGUGGUCGCUCUGCUCGGCGUCCUGCGGUCCCGGCGUGCAGCUCCGUAACGCCUCCUGUGUCCAGCUGCUGGAGAACGACACCGACACAACCACCGUCCCCGGGCGGCUCUGCUUCGCGCCUAAACCCGACGUCAUCAGGAACUGUACCUACGGAAGCUGUCCUAUCAAGAAGUGGGAGGUCAGCGCCUGGGCCGGAUGUUCGGUGUCGUGCGGGCAGGGGAUGCAGUCCCGUGACGUCACGUGCAUGACGUCAUACACCAACGGCACGGUGCUGACCGGUGACGACCUGUGUGACAUACCCAAACCGGCGCCCGUCCGCUCGUGUGGGUUCGAACCCUGUCCCAUCAGUGAAUCCUGGGAAGCCACGCCGUGGCACGCAUGCUCCGUGACGUGCGGGCAGGGUAUCCGGUCCAGGCGGGUCCGGUGUAAGGUGACGUACCCCAACGGAACCAUGGUGUACGCGCCUGACGUCAGGUGUAACGACACGGACAAGCUCAGGACUCUCAAGCCCUGCUUCGGCAUGGAGUGUGCCGCCAAACCCAUCGAGAUCGUCUGGUCAAAGUGUUCGACUAAGUGUGGUCCCGGGGAGAGGACAAGGCGGGUCAAGUGUCACCAGGAUGACGCCCUCUGCAAGGUGAAGUACCGGGCCGUCCGCAGGGUGGCGUGCUAUGGAAGCAGAUGCAACGGUGUAUGGAAGACCGGCCCGUGGUCCAAGGUAACUCCUCCAUAG